AUGUUUAAGGUGAGUUUCAGUGGUUUGCGCGAGCGCGACGUCGUCAGUGAUCUUAAGAAAUCCCUUUUCUGUAUCUGGUUCCAGCUGGUGGUGGUCAUACUGUGCUUCGCCACACUGCUGGUUUCCACCGGGAGUGCACUGAAGAAAGACGAGUAUGAGAUCAAUAUCAAGCACGGUUCGUACGCCGUCCACCAGCGGCAUGUGAACGUGGACGAGGGCACGUCGCGCUCGGUGCCACUAGCGCCCACGAUUGCCCCCGGAAGUGCGAGUAAAGAAAAUGGUCAGCAACGCAACGAACAGUUCUUUGGUGCAGUGAACGCAGAACGAGAGGGCGGUGCGGUGGGUGAGGGGGAACGUAUCUCCACCACACUGACGGUGCCCAAACCGACGGUGCCGAGUGCAAAGCAAGUGACGAGCGGCGGUGAAGUGUCCCCGAGUGUGAAACCGAUCAAGAGCAUAGACUUUAAUGCCGUGUCCCCGGGGCUGGAGGAGGUACCGCUGCAGGCGACCAUUUUCCAGGGCAGCCGGGGACGCGGUCAGAACCGUGUCUUGUCGUACCAAUCGGUGGAAUACUACCCACCGGAUGAAGCCACCACGGAACGAGCGGCGAUUGUGAAAUCGAUCAGUGCGCAGGACUUUUACAAUACGCCACAGCUGCGUGAACGUGGCCCAGUGCUGUUUUCUACCGAACCGACGACCACCACAACAACGGCCGCAACAACGGUGAAACCUGCUGGCAAAUUGUUAAAAUCGAUCCCGAAGUCUGCUGUCGAGGAGAACGAGGAGAUCUAUCUAUUGCUUAAGUACGAGAACCCUAAGAAAAAGCUGGAAGUGCAAACCAAUGCUGAGAAUGGGCCCGAGGGAGGAGAUCAGAAUCAAAUCAGUGAAAAUCGUGAACGUCAAGGGACGGUUGAAUCUUCGCGUGUGAGAACCUCACAACCAAGCGCACGACAAAGUGCAGGAACUCGUAAAAGACCACAGGCAGAGGAGGGUGGGGUUGAAUUCCUGCAGGAAAGUUUAAGAGCUGGUGCAAGUUUUACGACCGUUGGUUACUUUGUAAGUGAUUCGGAUACAACCACACCGAUGACUCCGGUUUCGACCUCCACGAAGAACUCAGUUGAAAGUAACCCAACCACAGAGUCUCCUGGUUGGAGUUCGCAGGUUCGUGUGUCCUCUAGCAAACUGCGCAACAGCUACGGUGAUUACUUAAGUGCUGAAUUUAAGGACUUUGAGGACUCUAUUCGUCCGAUCGAAGAAAACGUGGAGGAAGCACCGGAAGGUGAAACAGACGAGGUUGACGAGGGUAGUGAAGAAACUGUCGCCACGGGUCCAGCAGAUAUCGAUGCUAAUAUGGACAUUAUCGAAAUGACACGGAUUCUCGCCGGACGUCAGGGUGGACUUACGAUUUCCGAGUUCAAUCGGCUGUUCAAAGACUAUCUAAAGAAAGAGAUCACCGUACAAGAUCUGGAUGAGUUUAAAAAACUCGAAAAAGCCGCCGAAGAAACUCCCAAAGAGGCUCCAUCCGUUGAAGAUCCAACCAAGUCAUUCGACAUAAGGGCGGAGAAUGGGAAAAAGAUAGCAAAAGCAUCGCCGGUUGGCAGUUUACCGGGUCCUACUGCAGCACAGAAGCAACAGCUCGAUCAGCUGAAGAUGCUCAUCAACAAGGGUUCUUUGAAGCCUGGGCGAAAGGAGAAGGUGGUCAAGAUUGGAUACGGUGGGUCCAAAUCGUUCCAAGGUGUGUAUAAAUCGCAAAAGUUCCUGGAAAAGGUAAAAUCGGAGCGUACCCCGGUGCCGGCCGAUGGAUUGCGGGGUGGGUUAGAGUACAGGCAGCAACAACCGGUGCGGGAAAUAGGGCCAAUGGCUUACGUAGACAAUCCGGUGUUUGGUUUUGUACUCGGUGGAAGAGCUCGUGCCGGGCCCAAGGAUGGAGAAAAAUCUGCCAACGGUGGACAGAGCUACGUAAAGUUCCAGAAAAUCAGCUAA